AUGUCAACAACAGAGAACACAACAACAGUUAUAGUUCAUGAAGCUAUAAAUGAAGAAUAUGAGUGGGUUCAGUUUAACAAACAACUCCGUCUCAUUCGUUCGGUCAAAGAUGACAUGUACCAAAUGCAAAGUAUUUUGACAGCAUGUUUUGCUCCAGAUACUAAGCUUCCUAAAGACUGGUUUAGGAACCAAAGCACUAUUGAACUAUUAAAUGAAGCACAGUGA